CAUUAUCUGUUAGUCCCUUCAUUUACCUUACCGUCUGAUCAACGCGCUAUGUUGUAGCGCAGCAGAAGGGCGAAUGGCUGACGCGCGCACUAGGUAUUGGAAGACUGAUCCACGCCAUUUCAGUGGAAGCAAAGAAGGGUCAGCGCGUACCUCGGGUCCUCAGACGGGGUCGCGAUGGGCAAGCAAGACCGAGAGGACCGAGCGACCCCAACUAGUGUGGCGAUCUCGUAGACUUGUAUAAUCGCGGUCGUGGCGCUGGAAAGUCCUGAUCUUGGGAUCGUGACCAUGGGACUUCUUCGUGAAGGACAACGCUGGCACAUAU